CACUACAAAGACCGAACGUUUUGAGCUUUGAGGGCGUGUUCCUUUCGUUGUUGUCGGUUUUGUUGUGUGUCUCAUACACUCGCCCUUUUUUGGUCAAUUUUAUUUUUAUUUACUGUGAAAUAUCUACUCUUUUUUCCCAUAGUUUAUCUACUUAAAUAAACCUUGAUGUAAGCUUAGAAUGUCAGAAGGUAGUUUUGAAGUUACGGGGCGAACGACGACUGAAUCUCUGUACAACCCACCGAAACCCUUUGGCGACUUCUCCGAUGAGGACAGAAACGCUUUUAUGAAAAACCCCCUUUACAAGACACACAGGGAAUUUGGAGAUUUCACGGCUUUUUACAUAACGAUUACAAUCUGCACGAUAUUCGGAUUCGGCGUUUUCCUCCUCAACAUUUUCUUUUGCUGGUGUUCGAAGCAUAAGGACUACUGGAGGGAUUCGAAUACAGGAAACCGUUGGAUAUUCCCAAUUUGGACUAAAUCGCCGUAUCGCCAACCACCGCUUGAUUUGACUGAGUUAGAGGAGACGGUGAAAGCGAUCGAGCCGACUCAAGUCUACGACACAUCUGAGGCCGAACACCACACCGGCUACGGUCAAGAGGAAUAUUUAGAACUUCACAAGCGAGAGAGUGAUUUGUAAAAAAUAAAAAUGGGAGUGCAGGUGUUUUGGCCCCCGUUGACCGUUCUGGCCCUUUUCAUAGCCGUAGUUAUAAUGCUUAUGCUAAGAUUCGGUGCCAGCUGGUGUCGUCUGCGCCACACUGCCUUACAACGGCCAGUGAGAGAUUGGGAAGACGAAGAAGGCGAUGCUUUGGAACAGAGAGUCUCAUAUGCUUAAUACUAGUACAAUAAAUAACAAAUCUCUCAUACUUUUAUUAUGUUAACAUUAGAUCUGAUAUACAUGAAGUAUUACUAAUCAAAGAUGUGAAGAAGAAAAAAUUAAAUCGCACAAAGAUUAAUUAUUUUUGCACUGCAUUUUAUGUUUUAAACAAUAUAAAGUAUUUUUAUAUUAAAGUUUAUUUUACUUUAUAACUGGCUUGUGUUCAUAUAGUAUGUUUAGAAUAUUAGAAGUUUUAUUAUUAUUUAUAUAUGCAAAUGAAUAUUAUUAUUAUUCUAAGGAAACAUACCGUCCAAUCAACAAUUAAUCAAUUCCAUCCAUGUAUGUUCAAUUUUAUUACGUAAUGGUAAUGUGGACUGAUAUAUUUUUUCACUAUUUUGUAUUGUUGCCAUUUUAGUCAUAAGAAUUUUACAAAAAAAAUGUUAUAAUUUUAUAUUAGAAUAAAUUUUUAUUAAUAUCUA